AAAAAAAAGAAAAGAAAAAAGAAUUGUGAAUAAUCGUGAAUGUGACAGGUUUACCUGUCCGGUUGUUUCAGCUCCCUACCCAAUUUUUGGUUCGAUCGAGAAUCUUCUGAUCAGCACUUUCUAACAAUUUGAGCUGAUCUCAAUGGAAAAUCGCUCGAUAGGGUUCUGGGCGGUGUGGAUUUUGCUCGUCGGAAGCUUGAUCGGCGUUUCCGAUGCGUCGAUUCACGAGUACAAGAACGAAAGGUUCACUGUACGAGCUAAUGCUCGAUUCUUCCAUGGCGGAAGCGAAGGCCUUUACGCUUCCACGUUUCAGGAUGUGAACGCUUCUUCUGAUAAACCUCUUAAAGGAAAGUCCUUUAUAAGGUUUGAUGAGGUGACAUUUGUGAGGACGAUGGAAUCUGCUAGCAAACAGAACCCAAUGCAGUCAACUUCAGGGUUGGUUGAAGCAAUAAUACUUGAAGUGAAAGACCGUGAGAGAAUCGGUGGAUCUUUCCUCAAAAGCGACGACAUUUGCUGCACCCCUGAGCUCGCUGAUACUGGAUCUUGCACACUAGGGGAAGUUAUCAUUAGGAGAGAUGAUUCUAACAAUCUCGAGUGGCCAAGACAGAUCAAGACUUUCUUUAGAGGGAACAAGACAGAAACCAAAAUGUCCCCUGAAGAUGUGGUUAUAAACAAGACAGGGAUGUACUAUCUUUAUUUCAUGAUUUGUGACCCGGAGCUUGACGGUACUAUAAUCAGAGGAAGAACAGUUUGGAAGAACCCUGAUGGUUAUUUACCUGGAAAGGUUGCUCCUUUGAUGAAAUUCUUCGGGUUUAUGUCGUUAGCUUAUCUUUUGCUGGGACUCGUUUGGUUCCUGAGGUUUGUUCAGUUCUGGAAAGAUAUCAUUCAGCUUCACUAUCAUAUCACUUUGGUUAUUGCUCUUGGUAUGUGUGAAAUGGCUGUUAAGUACUUUGAGUAUGCUAAUUUCGACUCGACUGGGAUGAGGCCGAUGGAUGUUACUCUGUGGGCUGUGACUUUUUCUUCCAUUAAAAAGACGCUUUCGAGGCUGCUUCUUCUCGUCGUCUCUAUGGGUUAUGGUGUUGUGAAGCCUACACUUGGUGGCAUAACCUCGAGGGUGCUUCUUCUUGGCGUCAUCUAUUUCGUUGCAACGGAGGCUCUUGAGUUGGUUGAGCAUUUGGGAAACAUCAAUGACUUUUCUGGGAAAACUAUGAUAUAUUUGGUGAUUCCUGUGGCGUUACUUGAUGCUUGCUUUAUCCUGUGGAUCUUCUCAUCGUUGGCAAGAACCCUUGAGAAACUUCAGAUUAAGAGAAACAUGGCUAAGCUUGAGCUUUAUAGGAAUUUCACUAAUGCACUAGCUAUCUCUGUUCUGCUCUCCAUUGCUUGGAUUGGUUUUGAGCUCUACUUCAAUGCAAAUGACCCUCUAAGCGAGCUCUGGCGAGUGGCAUGGAUCAUUCCAGCUUUCUGGAAUCUACUUUCUUAUGGUCUAUUAGCAGUCAUAUGCAUCCUUUGGGCUCCAUCGAACAAUCCCACCAGGUAUUCAUACUUAGCGGAAACAGGGGAUGACUUUGAAGAAGAAGGUGUUUCAUUGACGGGUAGUGGAAUUAAGAGUACAAGCGACAUUGAAAGGAAUGAACUAAUAUACGGGCUUGCAGACGACAUCGAGGAGGACAAGCGUGAGUAAGCUUCAGGACACAAGCAUUUAGAAGUUUUUAGUGUAAGUCUUGAGAAUCCGGUUUGUAACUUUUAUGUAAAUCUCUUAACCUUUGUGCAUGAGUAAGUUGUUUUCUGACCCUUAAGGAGUUAUUUACUCAGAUCAUAGUUCUUGUAGUCUUAUUUGGUUACUAUAAGGAGAAAAGCCUAUAUACCGACUGUUUACUUACGGAGUUUCAAAAGGAAUUUUUUUAUACAUUAGAGACUUGAGAUAUUCGUCAACACGUUGAUCAUCAUCGUAG